UAGGAAGUAGUCUCUUCAAGGUUUAUUACGUUUUACAAUAGAGAUAAGUGUGUAUAUGAAAUUAUUAGUGAAUUUGUGUUGGAAUUGAUGUUUUGGUUUGUGUUAACGAGGAUACACGUGACAAAUAUAUUUUGUAUUGAUAAAUAAUGUGUAUAAUGAUGAAAAGAAUAACAAAACGUGCUGUACAAAUUUAUUAGUCAUUGAGUGAUUGAAGUGAAGUAUUCAUUCCUAGAAAAGUCAUUGCUUCAUUCACCUACAUUCCGUAAAAAUUUUACAUGUAAAUUAUGCAUCAGAAUCUAUCGAAUUAUUGAAUAAAUAAUGGAACCAGAUGAGUCACUUCUCAAAUACUAUUUAGAUGAGGCAAAACAUACACAGGAAGGUCCUGUAGUGGAAGAAUACUCGGUACCUGAUGAAGCAGAAUUGGCAACAGAUUUUCUGUCGGCAACCGGCUUCUCACAUCUUACAAAACUACAUCAGCGGGGUGAAGAAAUACCCGAGAACAUCGUAAGCGACUCAGUACGUCAAAAAAAUUUAACUGAAACACAGGCAAAAACUAUACGGAAUCGGGUGGCAACCCUAAAUAAAACACUUAAAAGUCGACAACCCCGAAGGAAGCACAGACUAGAUAUUAGAGAUAUUUCCUGGGAUGUAGAGACAUCAAGUACCAGCUCACGGUCCAGAAGUGCAACCCCUGAUUCGUUAGAUUCGAUUGUUCUUAAUGAACCACUAUCUUCCGAUGACGAUCAACCACCCAGCUCUUUACCACCUUUCCCACUUGAUCUCCCACACCAAGGCUUCAAAACUAAAGUAAAAUGGACGUCGAGUGAACCAAUACAAAAUAAGAAGUUUAACCGUACUGACAAAAGUAAUGUUGCCCGUUUGGGCUCGGAUAAUGUAGUAUUAAAAGGUUAUCAACCAUUGAAUGAAUAUGGCACACUACCCAGACCACAAAGGGAAAGAAGUGGAAGUGAUCCCACAACAGAGCUGACGUCCCUCCAACCUAUGAAAACUAAUCUUCCCAUUAUAACCAGGCAUCAGUCCACAAAUUUGCAUAAUCAAUUAUCUAGAAGCCAUAAUAGUAUAACAAUAAGCAAUAAUUGUAGCAAGGUUUACAUUAACAGUACUGAUAGUAAUGAAGAUGAAGCUGUAAGCUUUGAAGGACUGAUUAAACAAAACGAUGUAGAUAUAGAUCAGAAUUGGAUACUACAGGAUGGAGUCAGUAUCGACGAAUUAACUGAUAGUGAAUAUCAGCAUUUACAUCCACUUCUUUAUGUGGAACUAGUAGCAAUUUUUGAUUCUUACAAAAUCAAAUUCAUUAAAAGGAAGGCCAGUAUUAAAAAUAAAGGUGGAAACGUGUUUGGUUUAAAGCUUUCUACUCUUGUUAUGCGCGAUAUGCCUACAGAUGAUUCCAUGAUUCCUAAAAUAUUUCAAAGCGUAAUAGGACAACUAAAUAAAAGAUGUUUGUCUGAAGAUGGCAUCUUGCGCAUUGCUGGCCAAAAGCAGAAACUUGAAUUUUUGUGCCAAGAGAUUGAAGCUAAGUUUUUUAGUAACAUUCAAGAAGUUGAAAAUUUACUAAGCUGUGCUUCUGUACAUGAUUUAACUGGGAUAUUGAAGAAGUUACUAAGAGAUUUACCAGAUCCAAUUUUUACUAUGGAGUUAUUUGAUAUGUUCUUCAAAACGAGUGCCAUUACAAAAAUGGAAGAUAGAAUUAAAGCAUUAAAUCUUUUAGUUUUGUUGCUUCCAGUCGAACAUCGAAAUACAUUCAGACUUCUUAUGAAUUUUUUUUUAAAUAUUAUCAAAUAUGAGAGUCAGAAUAGAAUGAAUCUACAUAAUGUUGCCAUGAUAACCGCGCCUUCUUUUUUUCCUCCAAGACUUUUAUUGCCAAAAGAUAAUAAGUUUGUAAAUAAAACUAUUAAUAAGGAUGAACUCCACCAGCAAAUAAAUGAUGCUGCAUUGUGCUGUAAAAUUAUGGAAACGAUGUUAAAGACCGGCCCAAAUUUGUGGAGUGUUCCAAAACAUUUAGCGAAACAAGCAAAAGACGCUCAAAAAAGGGCAUUAGAUCGGAAAGAUAUGAGUAAAGACAAAAAAAAUCGAUCUGGCAAAACAAAAUUGGUAAGGAGCAAUACCCAUCAUGAAGCUGGAGCUAUUAACGUACCAAGAUAUAAAAGUAACAUAAAAGUGAAAUUUAUUUAAUGCCAUUUAUAAUUGAUAAAUCAUUCCAAUAUUGUACCUUAAUGUGCCUGUACUAUUUAAGAAAUAUAUCAAAAUUGUGAUUAAUAUUAAAAUAAUUUAUAAAAUUUAUUCUGUGCCAAAAUAAACAUAUUAAUUUUAAAA